AUGCGGGGUCGACAGAAGCUUUUCACCUUCAUUGCGAAUGAUCCGGUAGGCCUUCCCCAGAACCGCAAGGGAACCCACCGAGCAUGUGCACAUUGUCGCAAGCGCAAGCGGCGCUGCACUCACGGACCGAAGGCCUCUCGGCAUCCCGAAACUCAGCUUGGAGAUGUCCAAAUAGUCAAUACGGCGUCUCCACCGAGUGUGCAUGAAGAGAUCGUCUCCACGAGUCCUGGGUACUCUGUGGCUGUGCAACAGAAUACCCAGCCACAUGCUUCAAGGCCUCGUAUAGAUAGUGAAUCUUGGUUCGUGGGCGAAAUGGACCCUGCAAGCGCAUUUUGGACUGCAGCAGGUUCAUCAAGCCCCAGUCCACUUCGACGGCAUGAUGUCGGCAUCUGGUUAUCACCAGAUAAGACAUGCUCUGAGCUUGCAACUAAGAAACCCAUAUCAGGUGAAUCUUAUUUCAAACCUCUUAUAUCGACUGGUCUCCUGCCUUACCUGCAAGAAAAAUGCUCUAUUGUCCCAAGUCCUGGUGAUAUGGAAGGGCUUCUUCGUAUCUACCUCGAGAACAUCCAUCCCAUUUUCCCGGUUCUGGACUAUGACGCAUAUCGAAUGAUGCCCGGUACCACCCCGGACAAAAUUAUUCUGUCGCAGUCAAUAUGCCUCGCUGCCAGUUUAGAUCGAAAGGCCAAACAAUUUCUCAACUUACCCACAAUUAAUGCAUCUCGAAGCGAUUUCUCUCUGAGCCUCUCGGAUGCAAUCACCACCUCAAUAGCGGUGGGAUUAGUGAGAGACAAGCUAGUCUUGAUUCAAGCCUUGUCUUUAACUUCACUGUUCACGCAAUUCUCGGGAGAUCGACAAGAGUCAGCCGAGCUCUUGUAUCGGGCCAUUUGUCACGCGCAUACCAUUGGCCUGCAUCAUCCUUCCCAUCCAGUGACACAACACGAACACAUCUAUAAUCGAAUAUUCUGCUGUCUUUAUGCUCUAGACAUGCUUAACGCUGCAUGUCUAGGUAGGCCAGUUCAAUUGCAUCGACGAGACUUUGGUCGUGACCUCCCAUCAUCCAUAGCAGCACAGGAGGGCUGCUUCCAGCUUUUCCUUCGUACCAUCGUUUUGUUGGAACGAGUCAUCGAAAUAUACCGACCCUCCGAGAUUGGAAUUUGGAAUGGGCCAUUUCCCUCAUUCGAGGAUUUAUUGCAGGAAGUGGGGACAUCUGAUACCCCUGUGCAUCUGAUCGGUAAUGUUAUCUCUAUUGAGACAUUGAGUCAAACACUAAUGAAGUUUAUAGCCACGGUAGAGGUCCUGUAUCAUGCAGUGGCCAUUUUGUCUUGUCGGUUAGUAACUCCGGAGGGUAUCUCUCAAUCUUCAGAGUCGGGUCUGCGUCAAAGUCUCUCGGUAUCGAGAGUCACAUCCAUCGUGGGAGAUGAGUUUCAUAACGAAUUAUCCUCGUUUCCAAUCAUCCCGUAUGCUGUGGCUCUUUCCUUGCGGGUUGCGUAUCACAACCUGCAACGAAGCAAAGUUCCGAUUUUCCAGGCAAGAGCUCGAAAACAACUUGUUUCGAAUUGUUUGAUUUUGAGAGAAUUGGGGGAGGUCUUUGUUUAUGCCUCGAUGAUGGCGAAUCUGGGAGAGUACCUGGUCAGCGAAGUGGAUAAGCAAAAUCAAGAUCGAGGGUCAGGCACAAGGGGAAACAGUGAUAAUGAUCUACCCAGAAGACAUGCGGAUAUAUUGACCGGUUAG